AUGCCAGAUAACUCCGAUGCAAAUAUAGAGGGGAACACCCCGAAAGCUCCAAAGGACAGGAGCUGCCAGUUCUGCGGCCAGGCAUUCACGUCCUCGUCGCUCGGUCGCCAUCUUGACCUCUAUAUCAAGGACAAGAACCCCAAGGCGCCCGACGGCGUACACGAUGUGGACGUUAUACGACAGCUGCGCGGCAACAUCACAAGAAGACAGCCCAAGGGCGCCGGCAAGAGGGAUACCACCACACCCAUAGCUACGCCGGCUGCUGCCUCACAUAAGAGCCCUGCUUCAGAAGCCGGCUCUUCUCAUCUCCAAUCCCCUUCCCUCCACAAAGAGGGUCGCAGCCCCCUUGAUUACACGGCCGGCCUCACGGCUUACACGCCGCGAUGGGAAGCCACGGGCGUGAUCAGCGACGCCUUGAGGAAUGGAGGAACACCUCGGGGUGCGGCAUCAGAUGGCACUCACGAUGCCGGCAGGACACAUGCUUCCUCACGGGUGGCGAGCAAGCAGCUUGACAAGUCACAAUUAGACAUGAAGCAGAAGAUGCAAGACGCUCUGGAUACGAGCAGGGCAGCCGAGCUGGCAUUGCGUGAGGUGAUCGCCUCUUGGAGAGCAGCAAAGCUCCAAAUCGACACGACCUCCAUGCCGUUUGACUUUGACCCCUUGUCUCUGGACUUCCCGGCUCUUGUUCUCCAAUGUCUCAAAGCGCCACCCACGCUUUUCUCCUCCACGCAGCUUCCGACGCCAACGUCGUGGUCCAUAACUCCUCCUGGGCAACAGCAGCAUGUUGCUCUGGUGAAUUAUUUCACGGAGGAGUUCCGCAAGUGGAAGAUCACCUGUACUUCUGCGACAACGGCCAUCGGCGAAGACUUCACAUACCCGCCUAGCCUAGUAGCGUUCCAGCCGGACACGCAUGAGUAUGUUCGGAAAGCAUUGAAGACAGCUGAGAGUCUGGAACGACAGGUUGCGGAUCACCUCGACUCGGCGUUCAAUGUGUGGAACAGCCUUUCAUCUGACCGCCAGCAAGAACUGUGGGUUCUGGAGCUUGCACGGAGCGCAGGGAGGAAGCAGAACGACGUGGAAAAGUUGAAGAAGGUCGAACACACGCUCAAGCAGGAGAAUGCGAACCUCAGGUCGCAGAUCGAGCACCUUAAUCGGCUUCAACAACCUCGGGAAUACAAGCUGUUCGCGCCGUCCACCGUGCCAUUCGAUCGCGAAUUCCUGAUACGCAUGCAGGAGGCAUUUGUUGUGAAUGGACACAAGGCAAUAGGCCUGGACGUGAAUGACCGCCAUUCGGAUCUUAACACGCUCGUGGCUGCCUCCAUCGACCGGUGGAAGAAUGUGGUCACGAAGACUCGCUCGGCCGCCAGUAGUAUCGGUGCCGACAAAGCAGCGGAUCAGCCAGCGACGGCGGCCUCGACACCGCUGUCAGGCGGAGGCGUCAAUGACACUCCUUCUGUCAUGGCGCAAAAGGCUUCACAAGCGCCAGUCCCUAUUGUGCAACAACCCCCUCCUCCGAAAUCAAAGUCUGGAGGAUCAAGCACCGCCACUCGGGCGAAUACCCAAGACGAAGCAGUCAAGCCGGCAAAUGACAAGCCACAAUCGGCUGCCCCGACACCCACCGCGCCCUCGGUCGACGACGUGAGCGAUCAAGAUGCCGACGCCGAGAUGGAAGACGAUGAUGGCUUUGCUCAGAUGAACACGCCUAUCACCAAGACCCCCACCCUAUCGACUCCCCAGCAACAUUCAGGGCAGCUUGAGGUCCAGCGCACGAGAGGGCCCAGCAGGCGUAAGACGGCCAAUGGGGUGGUCAAGAAUAGGGCGGUGUCGCAGACCAAGAAUCGCAAUACAGCAAGCCUUGGUUCCCGCAAGGCUACCUUGCUGAACUCUGGCGCAUCGGUGCUUGAGAUGAAUGGCGCUGGCCAAGACAGUCCCAGCAAGUCUGAGCAACUGGCCCACGCAGAUCUCGAAGAGCAGGACGAGGAUGGGGACCCGAUGUACACAGAUGAUUAA